AUGACCACCGAGCAGCAGCAGCGCGUCCUCCUGCGUAUCAAGCGCAAGCGCACGGACGACCCCGUCGAGCGCCUCGUCGUACACUCCCACCACCAAGUGCUUCUGAAGAAGUCCAAGCUCGAAGAUGCUCUCGAGAGCCUGUCGCUCAAGCCGGAUCCUUCGGCGACAACGACAACGACCGAGCCCGAGACAGCACCCGUGUCGGUCAUUCUCUUCACCCGCAUCGACACGAUGGCGAGUACGACAGACGACAAGAUGCGCCAGCGACUGGCCAAGACGAUGCAAAAGCAUCAUCUUGACCGGUCCAAGAAGACGACAGCGACCACGCUCGAGUCCCGCUCCAAUCUCGCGCAGCAGCGCAAGGACAAGCGUCUCGAGCGCGUUGCGAAGGGCCGUGGUCUCAACCUCGUCGACGUGGCCUUGCCGACAACGACCACAAAGACGACGUCGGCCAGCACACCGCUUGCAGUGAACGGCGCCGAGCUCAAGGCCAAGGCGCUCAAGCGCGUGAUGAACCCGCUGGAGCGUCAAGUUGACGAAGCGAUCUGGACGGCGUUCAAGCGCAACGACUUUAACGGCGGCUCGAUCCUCAUGGCCGCCGCCAUGCACAACCGCACCGACGUCAUCGAAGCCCUCCUCGUGAUCCACUCGAAGCACGUGGCGCUGCAGGACUACAACGGCAAGACCGCCGCCGACUUUGCCGAGGACCAUGGCCACGCAGCGGCGGCGACGGCGCUGCGCGCGUGCGAAGCCGUCGAGGACGACAAGCAGUACGUGUACGACGUGUACAGCAUCGACCUCUCGGCGACCAAGCAGCUGAGUGCGCCGGCCGAGCUCGAGAACGUUCCCGUGGUUGAAGUCAGCACCUCGGUCGAGAAGUGGCUCAUGUACGAGGCGCAAGGCGACAUGGAUUCAGCGGAGCGCGAGCUGCAUUUUGAUGCGAGCGACAGCGACAAGGACGACCAGCACGAGGACGACGUCGACUCAAACGACGAAGGCUACGUCUUUAACGACUACCCGGACGAAGAGUCAUCGGACGAAGACGUCAACGACGCGGCCUCCGAUGCCUCGGACGAGUGGCAGGCGGCGUGGCAGCGCAACGACCGCCACCUGAAAGACUCGGACGACCCGUGGUCGGCGGCGCACGCGCACCGCGACGACUACGAAGCCGACGGCGACUACUAA